AUGGCACCACUUUUUCCAUAUUCAGUGAUAGCAAAUGAAAAUUCACUUCAAAGUUUAGAUCGUUUAAAAGAGGAAGAUAUAUUUGGAUCCGAUUUAGAAAUUAUAAAGAUAAUGGCAAAAAAAAUUAAUUUUACCCUUGAAAUGUUUUACAUCAAACGGGAUGAAGAUAAUGCUAUGGUAAAAAAGGAUUUCAUCAACUAUUUGCUGAACGGUACCCUUGAUGCGUGUGCUGGAGGACUUUACAAUAUAUAUGGAAAUGUUGUAGCCUAUUCCGGAGUAUAUGAUCGUGAAUUAGUUAUUUGGAUAUAUACUGUCGAACGAGAAACGAGAUCUUGGCAAACCUUAUUGAGAAAAACUGGUGGCCUCUAUAUAUUUCUAAUAUUUUUGGCGUCUUAUUCCAUAAUAUGGAAAUUAUUCUGUCAGUUUGAUGGCCGUGCGGUUUCAUUGAACAAUACCAUACUAUAUGGUUUUGGUGCUCUUGUUGGAACAUCGUCUUUAGCAAACGCGAUGUCUUUGAAACAGAAGAUUCUGAACUUAUCAUAUCUCAUACUGUGUUUGCAUCUAUCUUCUUACAUAAGUACCCAAAUGUAUUACUAUCUAACAGUGGAGAAUCCCCCAAAAACAAUAAAUACAAUAGACGAACUUACGAUAUCCGGCACAGUCCCAUACAUAAUCCCAGCAAAAAAAUAUUUUAUAAAUAAUGAUAAAUAUUUAGCAUUUGCAAACACAUCGCGUGAAUGCGAGGAUUUUUUUGAUUGUGAGAGAUUAGUUCUAAAAAACAGAGGGGCAACACUUAUUUUAGAAGGAUUGUUAUAUCCUUUUCAGUCAUCCGCUGCCGUAAAAGAUGAAUCAAGGAUAAUGAGAGUGGACGAAGAUGUUCUAGUAAUUUAUCAUGAAAUGAUUAUGAGAAAAGAUUGUUUUGUGGUAGAUAAAUUACACAAUAUUAUACCACGUCUUUUUGAAGCUGGUAUUUGUGAUAAAUUAUAUAAAGAAGCUAUCGGGGUGACUGUUGUGGAUAAAGCUAAUAUUGCUGUGAAAAAUAUUCUGUCCUAUUCUUAUAGCUGUUCUACUGGAUGUAAAAUAACUUGGUUGCAACUGGCGGGAUCUUUUUACCUCUGGAUGAUUGGAUGUGGCCUGUCGGUUUGCUGUUUUAUUGUAGAAAUACUCACUAAGAAGCAGGUAUAAGUUUUGCUUC